AUGCAGGGUAACUUCUUGCAAGGACCCAUUCCCUCGUCUUUUGAUUCUUUGAGAGGUCUCCAACAAAUAAAUCUGUCCAGAAACAACUUGUCAGGAAAUAUUCCAAAUGAGUUGGAGAAGCUUAUCUUCUUGCAAUAUUUGAAUCUUUCUUUCAAUAAUUUUGAGGGUGAGGUACCAAAAAAAGGAGUUUUCAGCAACGCAGGUGCUAUUUCGCUUGUUGGAAAUACAGAUCUUUGUGGAGGUAUCCCAGAAUUGCAGCUGCCAGCAUGCACUGUCAAAGAAGAAAAACACAGAAGGCCUUCCACUGUUACAAUCCUCACCACAACCAUCAGUUCAAUUCUUUUUGUCAUGAUAGUGACGUCCUUAAGUGUUUUCUAUCUGCGGAAGUCAAGGAAGAGUCCAAUUUUCUCACCUUUUACAGUGGAUAAGCUUCCUCAAAUUUCAUACAAGAAGCUCUUGCAGGCAACCAGCGGAUUCUCUUCAGAAAACUUAAUUGGACAAGGCAGUUUUGGCUCAGUAUAUAAAGGAAUUCUUCAUCAGCUAGGAGAAUGUUUUGUUGCUGUAAAGGUACUCAAUCUUCAGCAACAUGGAGCUUCCAAGAGCUUCAUUGUUGAGUGCAAAGCAUUGAAAAACAUCCGGCAUCGGAAUCUGGCAAAAAUCUUGACAUACUGCUCCAGCAUUGAUUUUAAAGGCAAUGAUUUCAAAGCUUUAGUGUUUACAUUCAUGGAAAAUGGCAGUUUGGAAAUUUGGUUGCAUCCAAAGGAAAAUGGUUAUAGUCAGACAAGGAAAUUAAACUUUCUUCAAAGACUAAGCAUUGCCAUUGAUGUGGCUUCUGUUAAAAUCUGA